UUUCUUCUCUAUUCUCUCUACUGUGGUCUCUCCCCUUCGCCUGCCUGCCUUGCCAACCGAGCCAUUUGGUCUGACCUUCCCAGACUCAUUUCAUCCAAAAGAAAAAAAAUACUCCAGAUUUCAGAAUGUCGACUAGUUAUAGGAGCAGCUCAUAUAGUGUGAAGAAUUCUACUGCCCCACGAAGCUUCAGCAGCAGUUCUUAUGCUGGACCAGGCGGGAUCACCUCCCGCAGGAGCUACAGUGUCAAGAGUUCCUAUGGAGGAGGCAACAGGGGCUUUGGAGGAGCUGGCAUCACUAGCACCUCUGCCUAUGGCCUGAGCUCAAGCAUGGGUGGCACAGGCAUGGGCAUGGGUAUGGGCUUCAGUGGAGGCAUGGGUGCUCAGGCCCCUAUCACUGCUGUGACUGUUAACAAGAGCCUGCUGGCCCCCCUGAACCUCGAAAUUGACCCCACCAUCCAAGCUGUCCGCACCCAGGAGAAGGAGCAGAUUAAAACCCUCAACAACCGCUUUGCUUCCUUCAUUGACAAGGUUCGCUUUCUGGAGCAGCAGAAUAAAAUGCUGGAGACCAAGUGGAACCUGCUGCAGGGACAGACCACCACCCGCUCCAACAUUGACGCCAUGUUCGAGGCCUACAUCGCCAACCUGCGCAGACAGCUAGACAGCCUGGGCAACGACAAGAUGAAGCUGGAGGCCGACCUGCACAACAUGCAGGGCCUGGUGGAGGACUUCAAGAACAAGUAUGAAGAUGAGAUCAACAAGCGCACAGAGUGUGAGAAUGACUUUGUCCUCAUCAAGAAGGAUGUUGAUGAGGCCUACAUGAAUAAGGUGGAGCUGGAGGCCAAGCUGGAGAGUCUGACAGAUGAGAUCAACUUCCUCAGGUCAAUCUAUGAGGAGGAACUUCGUGAGCUUCAGAGCCAGAUCAAGGACACUUCAGUCAUUGUGGAGAUGGACAACAGCCGCAACCUGGACAUGGACGCCAUUGUGGCUGAAGUCAAGGCUCAGUAUGAGGACAUUGCCAACCGCAGCCGCGCUGAGGCAGAGACAUGGUACAAGACCAAGUAUGAGGAGAUGCAGACAUCCGCCAGCAGAUACGGAGAUGACCUGAGGUCAACUAGGACAGAGAUCGCAGACCUCAAUCGCAUGAUCCAGAGACUGACAUCAGAGAUUGAUGCCGUCAAGGGACAGCGUGCCAACCUCGAGGCCCAGAUCGCUGAGGCUGAGGAGCGCGGUGAGAUGGCAGUGAAGGAUGCCAAGGCCCGCAUAAGGGACCUGGAAGAUGCCCUGCAGAGAGCCAAACAAGACAUGGCCCGCCAGAUCAGAGAAUACCAGGACCUGAUGAACGUCAAGCUAGCUCUGGACAUUGAGAUCGCCACCUACAGGAAACUGCUGGAGGGAGAGGAGGACAGGCUGGCGAAUGGCAUCAAGGCUAUCAACAUCUCCCAACAGAGCACAAGCUACGGCGGUUUCCCCAUGGAUACCAUGAAGAGCAGCUACUCAGGCGGCUACUCCAGUGGGUUUAGUAGCGGAUAUGGCAGCGGAUACGGCAGCAACCUGGGGGGCUUCAGCGGUGGCAGCAGUGGUGGCUACAGCAGCGGUGGCUACAGCACCACCCAAAGCAAGAAGAACGUCGUUAUCAAGAUGAUUGAGACCAAGGAUGGCAGAGUGGUGUCUGAGUCCUCUGAGGUCAUUGAGGAUUGAGCUGUCUAGUUUAGAGGUGUAGCUGCCUGUCUGCUAUGAUCUCCUCUGCCUCUCUGGUAGUUUUAUACUUUCAGUUCACCCCCCAACUAUCAUAAUAAACAAGUCUGAAGUAAAGUGCUUGCUACUUGCCACUCUCUAAUAGAGCCUAAACAUGUUUCAUGAAGCAAUAAAUGAUCCUAACACUACCAAAGAUCUGAAAGGGACCAAAGAAUUUAUUUUGUAUGUCUGAUGUCUGACUGUCUGUACUAAAAAAGUAGUUAAGUGAGAUAAAAACUGGGCAAAUUGUAAGUAUGAAAAAAUUAUAUAUUUUACACUCCCUUGAAAUCUAUGGAACAGAUUUUCAAUAAACAGCUGUUUCCCUCAAAACUGUGUGGCAUCAAAUGGACAGUGGUGUUGUCAAAGGAAUGUGAAUGUACUGAAACAGUGCUUCAUCGUUGUUGGUCAACUAAUUUCUUAAAAUUGCCUGCUACAGUAGGUACUGCAUGUCUUCCCUGUGCUUGUCCUGUAACUGAAACUGUUCAACCCCUUAGGAGGCUGCCCAUGUCAUACUGUUGUCCUGAGGUGUGUUUUUGCUACCAAAUAAAAAUGUGUUUACUGAAAAAAUA